GUUUAAAUAGUUCAACGCGGCCGCACGCGCAUUACUGCGCAUUUUGACGACUCGCCCCCAGUACUUGGCUGCCCCAAUUGUCGACAACCUGGCCUGCAUGGACCCGGAACAGUCGCGGGAGCAGCUGCGCACAGUUCUUAGGACUUGUGGGGCUGACCUGACGCUGUUCGAGGACUCGGACCUGGACAUCAUGUUGGGAGUCCGCUUUCGCAGCGGCCGCGCCCUGCAGGGUGCCACUCGGGAGGGCCUCACUGCCAGCGGGUUGCCACCUGGCCUCGUUGACCACAUCUUGACGUUGAAAGGCGCGGCGGCUGGCCCCGACUCAGGGAGCUCGGCAGCUGCCGCCCACCCCGCCCGCGCUCAACUCUCUGCGGCGUGACGAAUGGACAAUGUGCAUCGGCAGUCUUUUCAUGCGUAAAAUCAUGCGCACCAGCGCUUGAGAGCCCAGCCGUGUCAGUGCGCAUGUGGGGAAUUGGGGGACAUGUGCCGACAUGCAUGUCCACGCCGGGAGGGGCAUGAGCAGUCCCGAUGAUCAGCGAGCGGUCGAAGGGCUGAGGGCGGGAAACUGGAAAUGUGAUCUCUCCCUAAGUG